UUGAAAGAAGCAGAAAAAUUGGAAAAACAACGUCGAAGAGAAGAGCAAAAAUUGGAACGUCAACGUAAAAAAGAAGAGCGGGAGGCCGAAAAACAAAAAGAGAAACAAUUUCAGCAAGUUAACAAAUUAAAGCAUGACAAGCUUGAAAUGACGCGAGAAAUGAUUGUGGAUAUAGAAAAUAGUUUAAUGGAGGGAGUACUUGGUUCUUUAAUACGCGACAGUUUAGAACCGAAAAAGAUGACAAUUAACACGUUUCAAUACAAUGUUACUGGAAUUAUCAAGUUUCGAAGAAGGGUUACAGCUGAGUGGAAUGACGAAUUAGGCGCUUUUGUACCAAUCCCAGAAAUAAUUCAAGAAGAAGUUUACAUAUUUCAUUAUUUAGAUAUUGAAACAUUUGUUCAAUUUAUAGAAAAUGAUUCGCUACAUACACAUAUCCGCAACUUGCAGAAGAUUUUUCAUAAUAAGAAACUUGUAUUAUUGAUUAAAGGUUUUGAUGGAUAUUAUCGCAAGAAGAAAACACAACAAAAUCGUACUUUCACUAAUGCUGUUCGGAUCGGAAUAGAUCCUGGCACUGAGAAUGAUAUUCAAUUUAAAAAAAAACCAACAAUGAAUAAAGGGACAGAUUUAGAAACAAUCGAAGAAGAAUUUAUUUGGCUACAACUUAUUGCCAAGGUUAUGAUCGUGCACGCCAAGGAUACUGAGGAAACUGCAGAGAUUAUAGGCACCCUUUCAACUGAUAUCGCAACAAUUCCAUACAAGAAUCGGAACGGUGAAUUAAACUUUUGGGUUGAGAAUCAAAUCCGCGCAGGGGUAGAUCACAGCGAUACGUGGUGUCGUAUGUUACAAGAAAUCCAACAUGUUACUGAACCUGUGGCAAAAGGAAUUCUAAAUAAACAUUCAACUAUCAAGUCAUUAUAUGAUGCGUAUAAUGGAUGUAGUACUCAAGAAGAAGCAGAAAAUUUGUUGACUGAAGUUGAGAUUCCGAAUAACGGUCUAGGACAGCGAAAUAGAUAUGUCAACAGAGCCUUAUCUAAAAGAAUAUAUGAAAUAUUCAUGGGUAAUAAUGCGGAUGUCAUUAUUUCUUGA